AGUCUCUUGAAACACAAAAGUCUUGUUUUUUGUUCACUCGUCAAAUGAAAAAUGUUUUAACGCUAAACAGGAAACAUCAUGCAAAAGGGCAAAUGAACAGAAAAAAAUACCUAUAUUUUAAAAGACGGACAUUUCCGGUGUGCUGGAGACAGACAUCAUCAAGAGAUGACAUCAUCGAUCAGCCUCAGGUGUGUGCGGCCCCGCCCCCUCCCUUUUAAGUGAGGGCAGCCCCGCCGCCAACUUUACUUUCGUCCCUCAAAACAAGAACCAUCCUGCGCGUGACGCAAUGGCGGCGUUCCACCCAGAGUUUGAGCAGGCGGGUCUCCAGGAGGGUCUCCAAGUGUGGAGGGUUGAGCACAUGGACCUGGCCCCCGUUCCCAAGCGUCUUCAUGGCUCCUUCUACUGCGGGGACGCUUACCUGGUCCUCAACAGCAGCCGUCGGCCAGGAUGCCUCCCGCAGGGGCGGCUGUGCUACCACCUGCACUAUUGGCAAGGUGGCGAAUGUACUCAGGACGAGGCCGGGGCGGCAGCCAUCUUGACGGUCCAGAUGGAUGACUUCCUGCAGGGGGAGCCGGUCCAGUUCCGUGAAGUCCAGGGUCAUGAGUCCAACGUGUUUGCGGGAUACUUCAAAGCGGGCCUCAAGUACUUGGCGGGGGGCGUGGCUUCAGGAUUCCGACACAUAGAGACGAGUGACGCUGAUGUCAGGUGGCUGCUGAAGGUCAAAGGUCGCCGCGUUGUCAGGGCAACGCAAGUCCACCUCAGCUGGGAGAGUUUCAACACAGGAGACACGUUCAUACUUGACCUGGGAAAGGAGAUCAUCCAGUGGUCUGGUUGUCAUAGUAACCACUUUGAGAAGUUGAAGGCCACCACGGUGUCCAAGCGUAUCCGUGAUAACGAGCGUUGCGGGCGCGCCUCGCUGCUGAUCUGCGACGAAGGCUCGGAACCUGAAAAGAUGGUGGAGGUCCUCGGGCACAAACCCGAGCUUCCGGAAGCCCGCCCGGACGAUGCCAAGAUGGAUGCCCGCGACAGGAAAUUGGCAAAGCUGUUCAAAGUGUCCGACGUGGACGGGGACUUGGACGUCGUGAUGGUGGGCCGACAGAGUCCGUUCUCCCACAAAACUUUGCUCUCCGGCGACUGCUUCAUCCUAGACAAUGGAAGCAGCGGAUGCGUUUACGUGUGGAAAGGGAAGGACUCAAACGCUGAGGAGCGACAUGCGGCUCUCAAGAUUUCCGAAGAGUUCAUCCAGAAGAUGAAUUACCCAACACACACCCAGGUCGAGGUCCUUCCUGAGCAUGGCGAGACGGUGCGCUUCAAACAAUUCUUUGAAGACUGGCACUAUCCCGACGACACGGUUGGCAUGGGAACGGCCUACUUGUCCAAUCAAAUCGCCAGGAUCGAGAAGGUCCCGUUCGAUGCGUCGUCUCUCCACCAGUCGGCAGCCAUGGCAGCCCAGCACGGGAUGUUGGAUGCGGGUGACGGCGAAAAACAGGUGUGGCGUGUGGAGGGGCAGAACAAAGUGUCGGUGGACUCGUCGGUGAUUGGUCAGUUUUGGGGUGGAGACAGUUACAUCAUCCUGUACCAGUACCGUCACAAAGACCGAGACGGCAGCGUCAUUUAUGUUUGGCAAGGAGCCCGAUCGAGUCAGGAAGAGCUCGCCGCUUCGGCCAUUUUGGCCAUUCAACUAGAUGAGGAACUGGGGGGUGAGGCUGUGCAGGUGCGCGUGGUCCAGGGCAAGGAACCCGCCCACUUGAUGAGUCUGUUUGGCGGCCGACCGAUGGUGGUCUAUGAGGGCGGCACAUCUCGAGGGCGGGGCCAAGAGCAGGUGGCUGAUCUGCGCCUCUUCCAAAUUCAAGCCAACGUCGCCGGACACUGCCGAGCUGUGCAGGUGAGGGCAUCGUCCUCCGGUCUCAACUCCGGCGACGUCUUCCUGCUGGCGUCGUCUUCAGGAUGCUGGAUGUGGAAAGGUCGCGGCAGCAGCUCGGCUGAAGUCCGAGGAGCCCGACAUCUCGCUGGAGUCCUGCGCGAGAACCCCGUCCAGGUGGAGGAGGGGCAGGAGGAAGGGGAUUUCUGGUGUGCACUGGGAGGACGCGAGGACUACUGUGAGUCUCGCCGAUGUGAGGCUCAGAUGGCGGCGCAUCCUCCUCGUCUGUUCGCCUGCUCCUUCAAGACCGGAAAUUUCCUGAUGGAGGAAGUUCCUGGUGAGCUGACCCAGGAGGACCUCGCUCCUGAUGAUGUCAUGCUCUUAGAUGCCUGGGAGCACGUGUUUGUGUGGAUUGGAAAGGAAUCGCACGAGGAUGAGAAAACGGAGGCAUUUGCUUCAGCCUCGAGAUACAUGGAGAGCGACCCGGCCCGCAGAGACCCGCGGACCACAGUUGUGACCGUCAAGCAGGGAUUCGAACCGCCCACCUUCACAGGUUGGUUCCUGGGCUGGGACCGCCGCUAUUGGACCACAGACCCCCUGCGGCGAGCCACGGAGGCGCCACAUGUGUAACGCAGGCCGCAUUUGCAUCACUUCCUGAUCGACACCUUGAAUAAAUCAUGUCUACCGAC